AUGGAAGUGAUAAAGUUAAGCAUAGUGUUUGUGUUGGUGCAGUUGGCAUCCCAUCUGCUGGCCUACCCCACUGGAGCCCCUCCAGAUACUUGCAGCAGUCAGAAACCUAACCAUAAUGCAGAAUUUCAGGACAGCCUAUCUCCAUUUUCAAUCACUGCAACUUCUAACGAUCCUUACUCAUACACUGUUACAAUUGGCAGUCCUGGUUCAAAUAGAACUUACGAAGGUUUCAUAAUCUCCGCAUUCACGGACGGCAACGUCAUAGUGGGCCGUUUCGAAGAUACACUCCCGAGUAACACCCAACUUAUUUGCAGUGUUAGAUUUUUAUGCCUACAAUUUCUCAACUUUAUGAUAGCGGCUAUAGUGAUUUACACGAAUUACACAGCAACUGUUGUUCAAUCCUAUUCAACAUUUUGGAGAGUGAGAACGGACCGUAAGUAUGCAAAUAGCAACCCACCAGUGAACCCAACAACCACGAGACAGACGCAGACACUGACAACUACUACAAGAUACAUGCCCUACACAACCACCACCAUGACCACCAGGCGAUACACGACCACCUGGUACAACACUCCGCCCAAACAGAUAUGCUACAACGCCAGGUUGAAGGUUCAAAUCUCUCUUGCCAGUGACGAGCCUGUGCCACCACAGUGCAUGGAUGCAAAUUACAUAUACGAUAGUUUCAUGGGCAACAGACUCUACUGCCAGUUUGAUUAUUCAAUGAACAGACCUUUCAAGAAACGAGCCGACUCCCUCGAUGAUUCUGCUGUAGAUGAUAUGGUUGAACCUACCACUGUUUCGCCAGUGUUUGACGAGAAGAGAAGUAGAAUGAUGAAGGCUCAUGGUAUCCUGUUGGUUCUUGCGUGGUUCGUUUUCGCCAGCACCUCUGUCCUCGUUAACAGAUACUGCAAAUCGGUGUGGCCAGGUGCACAAAUUUGUGGCAAACCUUGCUGGAUCUUUGUCUAUUACGGGUUGUUGCUCGCCUGCCUCUUCCUCACACUCAUCUCAUUCCUCAUCUUCAUCUACCAAAACUUUCGCAGCUAUUCAUUUAAUUUUUGGACCUAUUUCUCGUGUUACACUGUGGCUUACAGUGCCAUGUUCAUUGCUUUGGUCAUUUUCUUGUUCAUUCAUGAAUUUUUGGCGGGAAUGAAAAGAAAAGAGCAUGCGAGCUGGUGGUGGCUUUAUGAGACCUUCCACUAUUUGACUGGAGACUUUUCAUUGAUGUUGGCUGCGGCAAUGAUCUUGUUGUCCUUCUUCACUGACUUGUACUCGAACUUUAUUGGAGACUGGCCUAUUUGGUCGUGCAUCGCUGUCAUCUGCUUCUACGUCCUUAUGGACAUCAUUCUCAGUGCCCAUGAGAGAUUUCUCAACUCAGCUCCACAAUUGAAGCUGAGUGAAGAGCAAGAGAUGGAGAUGAGAAAAUUUGGCAGACAGAAAGCGGACAUGAGAUUAAGCAGCGCUGUGGUGUUUAAGCCUGCACUGCUUCUAACACACGGGUCGAUGGUGACCCAGAGCGUCAUCGCUUAA